AUGGCAACACGUUUGGCUCUCUCUAGUGGUCAAGGCGUUUCUUCCUCAAGCUCCUUCCUGAGCGACCGGCGACGCGGUGCUGGAACAGAUGUGAGCAUCGUUGUGCAGGACGUCUCGUACCCCCACACCAGCCUCGCCCUCCACGGAAGGCCUGAGGCACAUACUCCUGCCGCCGGCGCGCACUCAGAUCUACCCUCGUUUGUGCUGUUCACGGAGAUCUACCCUGAGUGGAACGUGAAGAAAAGCUACAAGCGCCGACUAUUUCUUGAGGAACUUGGCAAGGCUCUAAUUCGGCCAGAAGUCCUAAAACGGGAACCACCGCCUUCUGCCGAAGGCUUGGUUGAGCAGCGAGCUGGACCCCCGUCCAAGCGCAAACAAUGCCACCUGGGUGUUGUUGUUGUUGACCGGGAGCUUUGUUUACUUGCAGAUGAAGCCGCAGGUUACGGGCCGGUGUUUGAGGAGCAGCCGUUGGACACAGUCUACCCUGAGGAGUCGCCCGAGGACAAAAUCACCAUGAGCUGCCGGGCUCGAGCCAAUCCACCUGCCGCAUACAAAUGGAAGCUGGACGGUGUAGAAAUUGAUCUGAGCACCGAACACAAACAUUACAAGUUGUCUGAAGGCAACCUUGUCAUCAGCAAGCCCGAUAAAAGUCUACAUGAGGGAAGAUACUCCUGCUUAGCUAGCAAUACGUUGGGGACGGUCGUCAGUCAAGAGGCAUCGGUGCAGUUUGGAUAUUUGGACUUAUUCUCAUCAGAGGAAAGAGAGUCGGUGUAUGUCAAAGAAGGUCAAGGGGCAGUUCUUCUCUGUGCCCCCCCUCCACAUUAUCCAGCCGACCUGUCGUUCCGGUGGAUCCUCAACGAGUUCCCUACCUUCAUCCCUUUGGACAAAAGGCGCUUCGUCUCACAGAUAACGGGCAACCUUUACAUCUCCAAAGUAGAGGCCUCUGACAGUGGCAAUUACUCGUGCAUCGCGUCCAGCGCCUCCAUCUCCAAGAGUGUCUUCUCUAACUACAUCCCGCUCAUACCCCUUAGUGAACGUUCCAUCAGGAAGUACCCAGCUGACCUCAACGUCAAGUUUCCAGACACCACAACGCUAGCGGGGCACAACCUCACUUUGGAAUGCUUUGCUUUGGGGAACCCCGUCCCGGAAAUCCGCUGGAAGAAGAUGAACGGAGAAUUGCCCCCCAACCAUGAGGUGCGCAUGUCGGGGGCUCAGCUGCAUCUAUACAACGUGCGGCCAGAAGACGAAGGGACAUAUCAGUGUGAGGCGGUCAACUCCAAAGGAAAGGACUACCACAGCGCGCAAUUGUCUGUGGAAGCUUUUCCUGAGUGGGUGGAGCACAUUAGUAGCGCAGAAGGAGACCUCGGCAGUGCCUACAAAAUGUCCUGCUUGGCAAGAGGCAAACCCGAACCAAGCAUCCGCUGGCUGAAGAAUGGAAAUCUGUUGGACAGGAAAGAGAUGGCGUUCAGCAGCCUGACAUUUGAAGACUCGGGGAUGUACCAGUGCAUUGCGGAGAAUCCCCACGGAGUCAUCUUUGCCAAUGCUGAGCUGCGUGUGUUUGCCUGCGCGCCCACUUUCGAGCACAACCCGCUGAAGCAUGCCCUCGCUCCUAGAAACGGCCGAGUGGUGAUGGAGUGUCGACCCAAAGCCGCCCCCAAACCUAAAGUCACUUGGAGCAAGGAAACUGAGUUGCUAUCCAACUCCAGCAGGAUGUUCAUCUGGGAGGAUGGCAGUUUGGAAAUCCUCAACGUGACUCGCACAGAUGAGGGUAGAUACACCUGUUUUGCCUACAAUGAUCGGGGCAAGGCCAACAGCACAGGCUCUCUAACAGUGACAGACUCCACAAAGAUCACCUUGGCUCCCUCCAACGCUGACGUCAAAGUGGGGGAAAACGCGCUGAUGGAGUGCAACGCGUCGCAUGACUCCUCCCUGGAUAUCACCUUCAUCUGGUCCCUGGAUGGCCGAGUGAUAGACCUCGACAAAGACAGCCAACAUUACGAACGCACGCUGAACGGGAGUUCAGAUGGUGAGCUGAUGAUCAAGAACGCCCAGUUAAAACACGCCGGGAUUUACACCUGCACGGCGCAGACAACCGUGGACAACGUGACCUCCUCUGCCAGCCUGGUUGUAAGAGGACCCCCCGGUGCCCCAGCAGGGGUGCGAGUGAUGGACAAAAGUGACAAGAGUGCAAUGCUGCAGUGGAGCCGCGGAGCAGACAACCACAGCCCCAUCUCCAAAUAUACCAUCCAAUACAGGGAUUCCUUCUCCCCAGCUGUGUGGAGGAACGCCACCACAUCUCCACCAGACAUUGAAGGGAAUGCAGAGACAGCCACCGUAGUGGACUUGGUCCCCUGGACUGAUUACGAGUUUAGGGUGAUCGCCACCAACACACUGGGCACGGGUGCCCCGAGCAUCCCAUCCCGGAAAGAAAAAACCAUGCCCGCAUCUCCUGUGGUGGCGCCCUCGGAUGUGGGCGGAGGUGGCGGGACAAGCAGGGAACUGACCAUCACGUGGACGCCUGUCCAGGAGCAGUACUAUUACGGGCCGUCCUUUGGCUACAUUGUGGCGUUCAGACCUCGAACUGGCGUUGAGUGGACACAAGUGACUGUUUCGGACCCCCAGGCAAGACACUACGUGCACAAAGAUCCUUCCAUUGCUCCUGCGACAGAAUUCAUUGUUAAAAUCCAAGCAUACAACAGCAAAGGGGAGGGACCCUACAGUCUCCCCAAGACCAUUGUUUCAGCGCAAGAUGCGCCCACUGAUGCUCCUGGAAGCAUUGAUGGUAAAGCGCUGUCUGCCACCGAAGCUAUGGUAUGGUGGUUCCCCAUCACGCAGAGCAACAUAGACGGGUACCAGGUGAAAUACUGGAGGAAACAAGAAGACAGUGAAGGGGGGGCCCAGAUGGUUGUGUUGAUGGGUCGGGAAAACUAUACCAGAGUGGAUGGUAUGAAACCUGAUUCCGUUUAUCUCCUUGAGAUUCGGGGCUUUAACUCGGCUGGAUACGGGCCGGCUAGCGAACGCCUCGAGAUUCACACUAAGAAACAACCUCCUGGUCAAGCUCCAAGGAUCAUAGGUAAAAAGAUGAAGGGUAAGACAGUAAAUGUCGCUUGGGAACAUGUGGAGACGCUGGCAAACGAGGCCCCAGUAGAUGGUUACAAAGUGCUCUAUAGGCCACAGGGCCAACCCGGAGGCAAGCUAUACAUGACCAAGUGGAGACACAUCGAACUCCCUCUCUAUGAUAACGAGACCUAUGUAGUGGAGGUUCGAGCGUAUACUGAGGGCGGCGACGGCGCUGUGUCGCAAAUCUUCAUUACGGGAGGAAGUGUCAUGGCCUCCCAGCCUCUCUGCACACUCGGCCUGCUCCUGGUGGCCCUUCUUUGCCUGAACCUCUGA